CGGUUAUAAUAUCGAGACUGGAUUUUUUGUGACUAACAACAUCAUCCCGCUUUCUCCUUGUGCGCGAAUACUCCGUGAAGGAUAGAAUCCUGUAGUUUGGACUUUCCUGUUGGAGGUCCUCUCACCAACACCAUUGGCUACACCCCUACACUCCAUUACGCUGAGAAAGUAUCGAUGAUGGCCUCUCCCGACGAGAUCAAGAUUGGCAACCUCACAGGAACCUUCAAAGUGAACAAAGGCUUGUCCGAUGACAUACUCCCCCUGUUGGAGCUGCAAGGGAUAAACUGGCUCAUUCGCAAAAUGAUGGCCGCCGGCGCUCCGACGCUUGUGAUUAAGGAAAUGAUCGAUGUCGAGGGGAAAGCGCAACUCGACAUCGAGUUAUCCGGCCCUGCCGGGAUCAAAGGCCAGGACCAGCGAGUUCUCGAUUGGCAGCCGCUCAAAAAGAGCAACGGUCCCUUUGGAUUGGUCGAAAAUCGGGGCCGUUACUAUUCCGGCAAGGUCGAGACCUUGAGCGCCCUGUCAGACGCAGACAUUGCGUUUCUGGACGCCGAAAUCCUUGCGGAUGGAUCCCCCAGCUCUUGGUUGGGAGAGGAUCAGCACUUGCAUACGGCCAUGGUCAGCCAGGAAGGCGGCUGGACGGCAGAGCAGACAUGGGGGUUCGAAAUCAUCGACGGAAAACGCUAUCAUACGAGACGCAGUAUCGUCACAAAGGAUGGGGGAUGCAAGCUAGGCCGUCUGGUGUAUGACUACAUGGGCUGAGAGUGACGGUUUCGAAUGUAGCAAGCGCCCAGCAGGUCAGCAUUACACAUGUGAGAAAGGGAAUGGAUAUCAGUGAAUUGAAGUUUUGAUAGCGUUACUUAGUACUACAAGUAGCACCUGCUUAUCAGAUGCAGCCCAGAGCCUUACCAUAUCUCCACUAGAUCGAAGGC